GUCAAUUUAUUUGCUUCGCGGAUGACAUGGACAUUGUUGGCCGAACAUUUGCAACGGUGGCAGAACUGUACACCCGCCUGAAACGUGAGGCAACAAAAGUUGGACUGGUGGUGAAUGCGUCGAAGACAAAGUACAUGCUUGUGGGCGGAACCGAGCGCGACAAGGCCCGCCUGGGAAGCAGUGUUACGAUAGACGGGGAUACCUUCGAGAUGGUCGAGGAAUUCGUCUACCUCGGAUCCUUGCUAACGGCUGACAACAACGAUAGUCGUGAAAUACGAAGGCGCAUCAUCUGUGGAAGUCGGGCCUACUACGGGCUCCAGAAGAAACUGCGGUCGAAAAAGAUUCGCCACCGCACCAAAUGUGUCAUGUACAAGACGCUUAUAAGACCGGUUGUCCUCUACGGACAUGAAACAUGGACAAUGCUCGAGGAGGACUUGCAAGCACUAGGAGUAUUCGAGAGACGGGUGCUUAGGACCAUCUUUGGCGGUGUGCAAGAAGACGGUGUGUGGCGGCGAAGAAUGAACCAUGAGCUCACGCAACUCUACUGCGAACCCAGUAUCCAGAAGGUAGCUAAAGCCGGAAGGGUACGAUGGGCAGGACAUGUUGCAAGAAUGCCGGACAGCAACCCUGCAAAGAUGGUGUUCGCUUCCGAUUCGGCAGGUACGAGACAGCGUGGAGCGCAGCGAGCGAGAUGGGCAGACCAGGUGCAGAACGACUUGGCGAGCGUGGGGCGUAUCCGAGGAUGGAGAGAUGCGGCCUCGAACCGUGUAUUGUGGCGUCAAAUUGUUGAUUCAGUGUUAUCUGUUUAGAUGUUAACUAAAUAAAUGAAAAUGAAUGUGGCUGUAUCGGAUGCGGAUCCGGGUAAUUAGUUCUGUUUUGUUCGAUCGGAAAGGUGGUGGUGAUGGAUUAUUUGUUGUGUGCGGUUGGAAGGUUAAUCAAUUAAUUUGCGAUUGAACGUGUUUUGAGUUCUGUUUUAUGCUGAUGAGUAAAUUGAUUGAACAGUGCAAAAUUCAGUACGCGUUUUCUCGUGUUUUCUAUCGGAUGCAGAACGAUAGCGCGAUCAUCAAAAUUCUUAGGUCUGCUUUGUGCGGGACAGUGAAUUACUUUGAUAUAAGACGUAUAAAAUAAUAAUUUAUUCGCCGCCGUACCAAACUGACAAUCUACAAAACGCUCAUUAGACCGGUAGUCCUCUACGGACACGAGACCUGGACGAUGCUCGUGGAGGACCAACGCGCACUUGGAGUUUUCGAAAGGAAAGUGCUGCGUACCAUCUAUGGUGGGGUGCAGAUGGCGGACGGUACGUGGAGGAGGCGAAUGAACCACGAAUUGCAUCAGCUGUUGGGAGAACCAUCCAUCGUUCACACCGCGAAAAUCGGACGACUGCGAUGGGCCGGGCUCGUAGCCAGAAUGUCGGUCAGUAACCCGGUGAAAAUG